UUCAGAUAGGAGGUCCUGGGUGACUUUGGAAGUCCGCUCAUCAUCUGUGCAGAGUCUAGCCGGUUCCGGGCCUUGCAGUAUUGUUUUUCUUUGCUUCCGCACCCGAGACCUCUGUCGCAACCAUGCUCCGCCAUAUCGUCGGUCAGGCCAAGAAGCAUCCAAGCUUGAUCCCACUCUUCAUAUUUAUUGGAGCUGGAGGUACUGGAGCAGCACUGUAUGUCUUGCGCCUGGCAUUAUUCAACCCAGAUGUCUCUUGGGACAGAAAGAAUAACCCAGAACCCUGGAACAAACUGGGUCCCAAUGAGCAAUACAAGUUCUACUCAGUGAAUGUAGAUUACAGCAAACUGAAGAAAGAAGGUCCAGAUUUCUAACUGAAAUGUUUCUUUAUAAAGCUGCUUAGAAUGAAGGUCUUCCAGAAGCCAUCCGCACAAUUAUCCACUUAAGAAGGAAAUAUUUCCCCCUCCAAAUGCACAAAAUCGUGUUGGUGUAUUUUGUUGGGAUUUACACUGAUUAAUAAAUGUUUGAAACUUGA